AAGAAGAAGAAGAAGAAGAAGAAGAAGAAGAAGAAGAAGAAGAAGAAGAAUUGUCUCACUCUUCUCUAGACCCUGGAAGGUGAUCUGUCUUAAGUUGUGCUGCCCUUGGGAGAGGGCUGACCUCAUCUGCCUUGAAACCACAAUUUUGGCCAUUUGGAUUCCAUUUUAUUCUCAUGGUUAAGCACAAAGAUACCAGCUUCUAGCAAGGUUGAGUUACCCCUCUCCCAGCUUAAGUUCCCCUGCCUGCAAAACAGGUGGGGAUCCCCGGCUUGACACACUGUUAAGGUCGCCUCAUUCCUAGACUCAGUGGAAGAGGACUGGGUUCCUCUGUGCAUCAUCUUGAUCACUGGCUUCUGGAUACUGCUGAGACCAGGCACCAAGUCUAGAGAAUUCACUGGAAACUCACCUCACUCCACAAAUUCAGCAUUCUACUGCCUGUGUCUCUUCCACCUGCAGAGCUGAUGCUGAGUGCUGUGACUUCCUUGUGUAAGGGGAUGGCCCCAUCACAAAUUCAGCCCACAGAGUAUCUUGUGAGCCAUAUGGAAGCUGCAUCUAGGCUACCAUGAAGUAAGGCAAGGAACUCUACAACAGGUUGAUCUGUCAACUCCUCCAAGGCUGUCUCUGGAUCUUCUUGUGCCGAACUGUACACCUGGGAGAAAUCUGACUGUGACAAUGUGUCAUGGUAAAGUUAUUUGGAGUUGAAUUGAAAAUAGGGGAAACUGAAGUAGAUUUCUAACUCAAAGAAUGAAUUAGAAGAAUCUGGAAGAAGCGGAGUCUGUCUUGUGGUUCCUCCAGACGGAAAUGGACUACCAGGGCGGGGGCAGGUCCUACGAGGUCAGGCAAGGUGGUAGCAGUGUGUACUACUUAGUGCAUGGAGCCUGGAUUUGUGAAGACCCUGCCUGGCCCACAGUCUUGCUGUCACUCCAGCACCUCUGCUGAUGUGCAAUGGACAACUUCCAGUAUAGUGUCCAGCUCAGUGAUCGAGAGUGGGCUGAGUUUUCUGCCACUGCUGAUGAGUGUGGCCUCUUGCAGGCUGGCCUGGCCUCUGGUGACGAGCUCUUGUCCAGUGACAUUGACCAAGGGGACAGCAGCGGAAGCAGCCCCCCUGGGCCCCCACCCCUCUUCACUGGGCAGCUGGCUCCCCAGGGGAGGGGACAGCAGGGCUGUGAACUGGAGGACGUGGCUACUCAGCAGCUGGUCAGCAGGUCUCAGUGUGAGCCUGUCCUGGCUCUAGAAGCCAGUCAUCAGGUAGCCAGCACGUCCACACAGUCAGAAGCUCUACUGUUCCUCAGCUCAGACAGCGUCUGUCCUGGCCAGGCCUCGUCCUUCCCUGGGUCAACAAUUUCCAGGGACAAGAUGCAGAGGCUUUUGCAGGGCCCUGCUCCCAGAUCUCCUGGUGAGCCCUCUCACAGUCCUGAGUCCCCUGGCCACAGUGCCAUCCCUCAGAGUCCCACAGACAACCUUGAAGCUCCAUUGCGGAACCCUGGUCGUAAGAAGAGGCGUGCCGUGGGUGCCAAGGGUGUCAAGUGCUCUGGAUCUCUGGGCUCUCCUGCUGCUCAGAUGAGCUCCCCACAACUUACGGAGACCAGGCCCAAGGAGGUUCUUGUGUCUGGGACAUUAAUGGCAAAAGACCAGCAGGAUAAGCCACAGUCAGACCCUGCAGGUGCUUCUGAACUUGGCUCUAGCAUCCCUGAACAGAUGGCCAGACAAGAGUCAGGCUUGGAUCCAUCUACACCUGUUCUAAUAACUGAACAAGAUACAGACCAGACCAGAAAGAUACCCAGCGCUGAGCUACACAUGACAUCCAAGCCUCAGCCAGAUGUCUCCAUCACCACACCAAAUGCGUCUCUCUCUACACAUGCCUGUAAGCCUCAACCCUGCACGGCUUUGUCUAAACCUGCCUCCAAGCCUCAAUCUGACAUAGUUUUGUCUAUACCUGUCUCCACACCUGACAUGACUUUGUCCACACUUGCCUCCAAAUGUCAACCUAAUACAAAACAGUCUACACCUGCCUCUGCCCCUGACACGGCUCUGUGCACCCCUGCCUCCAUCUUUCAACCGGACAAAACUGAGUCUGCCCCUGCUUGCAUACCUGGACUGCGUGAGGACCUAUCCACAGAAGGCUCAGAGAUCAAGGCAGAAGUUUAUCCCUCUGUGCCUGCCCCAGUGGUCAGUACAGAUCUGCCUCAUUCUGUUUCAAAGACUGAGUCUGAAGAGAGUGUGUCUAUCCCUGCUAUGCCUUCCUUAUCCUCUGUUUCCCAGGCUGAAGCUGCCAUGGUGGAUACAGAUGUGACUGUGUCUCCUGGAGGAUACUUUGAGAAGCCAGUAGGGCAGCUCUCAGCAGGGUCCUCAGAAUAUUCCUCAGGGGAGUCUCGUCUAGGUCCUGCCCAAGCCCCCAAGAAGAAGAAAGUACGAUUCUCCAUGGCUGCACCUACCCACGAAGAAUCAGGAUCAGUCGAGCCUACAGGCCCACCCUUCUUAACCCCAGACUGGCCCUCAGCUCCUAGGACAGCAGCAGGGAGCCGUGGGGGGUCUGCAGCCUGGGAUGCUGUGGCUGUUGGGCCCCGACUCCCCCAACCUCGGAUCCUCAAGCACCUGCCUCCUCCUCCAUCCUCUGUCUCAGCAGAACCUGAGCCUGGAAGAUGCUAUGCAGUGACUCUCCCUGAGGCCUAUGAGUUCUUCUUCUGUGAUACCAUUGAAGAGGAAGAUGAAGAUGUAGAGAAUGAGACAGCAGCCAGCCAAGCCCUGGAUGACGUCCAGUGGCCUGACUCAUGCGAGUUCUUUUUUCAGGACAGCAGAACCCAAAGGUCAAGUCGUCAGAGGGGACGCUCCCCAGUCCCACCCCCAAGGGCAGAGGCUGUGGCACCUGCUCCCCCUGGAGAUUUAGUGCCUAUCUCCAUUCCUGAGGUCUAUGAACACUUCUUUACAGAGGAAGGAUUUGGGAACAGUCAGGCACCGGCCACCCGUGUCCAAGUGCAGACCUCAGAGCUCUUCAGGGAAGUAGGGCCUGAGGCAUAUUCCAUGCCUGUGCCAGCUACGGAAGAACAUCUUAGCUUGGCAAUCAGAGAAGCAGGGGAGCUACGGAAUCCCCUUACUUCCUUUACAUUCAGCCAGAAUGACAUGUGCCUAGUGUUUGUUGCCUUUGCCACUUGGGCUGUGAGAACCUCUGAUCUACAUGCUCCAGAUGCUUGGAAAACAGUCUUGCUGGCCAACAUUGGCACCAUCUCUGCUAUCCGCUACUUCCGCCGCCAGGUUGGGAGAGGGCGUAAUGGCAGACCAAGACCCAGUUCCAACUCAAGCCCAAGCUGCUAG